CACAGAAGGAACUCACUUUUGAAUUGGGCACCUCCCACACACACCAGCAAAUACAACAUGAAGACGACCGUUCUCAUCACUACACUGUGCGCCACUCUUGUCGCUGGACUGCACGGCGACAACAACCAAGCGAUGGUCGCAGGUAGUCACAAACGCAACUUGCGUGCUGAACAAGCAGCUUUGCUUCCAGCGCAAGGGCAAAGUCAAAUCAUUGGUGGCGAUGAAAACAUCCCCCGUCCCGGUGGUGGCUUCGCUGCUGCCGAGCCGGUCGAACCUGUCGAGCCCAUCGCACCUGUGGAGCCCAUCGCACAUGUGGAGCCCAUCGCACCUGUGGAGCCAAUUGAACCUGUAGAGCCCAUCGCACCUGUGCAGCCCAUCGAGCCUGUGGAGCCCAUCGCACCUGUGGAACCAAUUGAACCUGUGGAGCCCAUCGAACCUGUGGAGCCCAUUGAACCUGUGGAGCCCAUCGCACCUGUGGAGCCGGUCCAACCUGUAGAGCCCCAGGAACCGUCGAACGAUGGCUCCACUGUUGAUGGUCCCUAG